AUGGCUUCGCGAAGCCGCGGCGACAAUGUAGGGGGCAGGAUGGUAAGGGCUCGCAGCAGGGAUGGCGGCGGCGGCACCGACGGAGUGUUUCCGGCCGUGGACGUGCAUCCCCGAUGGUGGAGCGAGUCGGAUGGGAAAGUCGGGGGCCCAUGCUCCGUUCGGCGUAGCAGUAGCGUCGGUAUUCGCUGUUCCACUCCUCUCGCUUGUGUGGCUCCCGGCCCAGCGUCUGGAGAAUCUUCGGCAGCAGGAGGACGAGGAGGAGGGGGGGUGUCGGCGUCGUCGUCUUCGCCGUCAGCAAGCCACCUCUCUCCCUCCCGCGCCAGUUCCACCUGGGCCCUGCCGCGUUCCCCGUCCCCUCGCCGCUCGCCACCACGAACGCCUCCUUCAGCAGCAGCAGCAGCAGCAGCAGCAGCAGCAAUUGUCCCGACCUCCUCCUCCUCCUCAUCGGCCCUCUCCUCGUCCUAUUCCUCGUCUCCGGCAUCGCCGGCCGAUGGCAGCAACAACUUCAGCGGCGGCACCAGCAACGACAACAACAGCAGCAACAACGGCAUCAGCAGCACCAGCACCAGCAGAGACGACGAUGAAGGGUGGCCGGCCCCACACCCCUCCCAGGCCUACGUCGCCAAGGCGAGGUGCGGGCAGCGGUACGAGCACGACGUGGAGACGGGGGGGGCGACACGGAUAAGAGCGGUGGUGUCGGACCUGGACGGGACUCUGCUGGGGCCGGACAAGCUUGUGUCCGCCACCACUAUGGAGGCUGUUCGAAAGGCUAGGGCCAAGGGCAUCAUCUUCGUGCCCGCGAGCGGCCGCUCCAAGUCGGGCAUGAUAUCCGCCAUGGGGGAGUUGGGGCAGGAGCUUCAGAGAGACGGAUCCCCGUUCGUGUGCAUGAACGGCCUGACGGUGUACGGGCAGGGAGACGGCAACGGUGACCUGGGCGAGAUCAUUCACAGCGAGCUCAUGUGCCUGGAGCUAGCGGCCAGGGUUGUAGCCUUCUGGAAGGCUCACCCCCUGGCGGAGGCGGCGGGAGUCUCCUUGUGCGGGAGCGAGGGGGAGACCAUUGUCGUAGAGACCCUUGACCCUCGGACUAGCAGAAAAGUUCUCGGGUUCGAGUUGUUCGGGUUUUGGCCCUGCGACUCUCUCAGAGAAGGCAGCUGGCAGGAAGCGAUCGCCGGCGGCAUGGGGCUUAACCGCCUCUACUUCUGGGGACCAACUCGGGCUGCCGUCGAUGCCUUUGAGGAGGACCUCAAAGAGCAUCUCAAGGACCACCCGGCAGAGUUGACGAGAGGGGUACCUGAGAUGAUAGAAGUCUUGCCACACGGGGCCUCCAAAGCAGUAGGCCUGGAGGCCCUCCUGAAGACGCUAGGCGUUUCCCCUGAAGAGGUGCGUGGAGUGAGCGAGACAGUGAAUUGGUGUCGUUUUGGCGUGGGAGUGGGAGGGUGGCGAGGGUGCAUGCGGCAAGAGGUGAUCGCCGUGGGCGACAUGGAGAACGACGUGGAGAUGCUGCGGAGCGUGGGGCACGGGAUCGCGAUGGGACAGGCCUCCCUAGAGGUGCGGCGGGCGGCGAGGUUCACUGCCCCCACCAACGAGUUGCACGGAGUCGCCGUCGCGCUGGAGACGUUCUGUGGCAUCUAGUUGCCGCUGCCGCUGCCACUGCCGACCCCCACCUCCCGCUUCGCCAUAGGUGAUGCGCGGGGUCGCUGGCAUCACCUGCGCACGUUCGUAGUAUGAUAGUACCACAGUUUUUUUAAACCUCGUUGUUGUGUCGUUUUUUUUGUUCUUCUCUCUCCGUGCGCAUGAUUUAUUUUUUAUUGACGUCUUUUUUCAGACACUUCUGUACAAUUUACAGCCUUUUUUCCAUCGAUUGCGCGGAAAAACCGCCUGCCUCGUUGACGACGAAAGAACUUCGUUUCUUGUGG